AUGAGUUAUUAAUCCUAAAAUUAAAAUUUUUAUGUUGUUCCUAUCCCAUAGAAUAUUACAGUAUUGCAAAGUUUUAAGAAGUGGAGAAGGACAGGAGAAAAUUUGAAUGGUGCUAUUAUGAUUGGAGUUUUGGAACAUUUUCUUAUAAAUGGGUAGCUGGAAAAAAUUUAAUAAAUGUUAAAUAAUGUGAAGAGCGUAUCAGAUGAUCAGGUUAAAAAAAUGAGAAUCUGUAUAGAAAAAUCUUUGCAGUUUCCAAAAGGAGAAUAGAAAUUAGAUUUCAUUAUGGAUUUUUUAAAAUAAUCUGAUCCUCAUAAUAUUUUUGCUGAAAAAUUCAUUUUAGAAUAUGUUAAAAGAGUAAAAGGAAAUAUAAAAUCAGAUGAUGAAUUGCUAAAAACAUUAAAAAGUCUUUUUUCUGUAUCAAUAUCUAUAAUUGGAGAUGAUAAUUAAAAUAAUUUAAAUGUUAUAUUAGAUCCUAAAGAGAGAGAGAUCAUAUAUAUAUACAAUUAUAAUUCAAAAUAUUAUGUAAUAUAAAAAGAAGCUGGUCCUUAGUUAUACAAGUGUGUAUAUUGCGCGAAGUAAUUUUCUGAAGAUUAUUAUAAAAUGAACUGUUCAUAAAUUAUUUGUUAUUAGUGCUUAAAAAAGUUUUUUGAUAAGGGGAAUAAAUUGGUCUAAUGUAGAGAGAAAAAUUGUUCUUCUACAAUUACAUAAUUUGAAUAUGAAAAAAUUAUGAAUAAAAAGAAAGAAAAUGAAAAAACUGAAUAAUUAAACCAAAUAAUUUAAUAAAAAGCUGAGGAAAGAUAGUAAUUUUACCCUUUAUUCUGUCAUAAAUGUAAAAAUAGAAUGAGUUAAGAGGCUUUACUAUCAACUUAAGGUUGUUCACAUAAUUUUUGCAAAGAUUGCUUGAUAAUUUGCUUUAGUGUAAUCCCAAGUGGAAAUUAUUAUUGCAUAAUUUAAGGCUGUAAAGGAAAAUUCAUACAAAAAGAUUUUGAUUAGUUUACAAAAGGCGUGAAUAGUAAAUAAAAUUCCUAAAUAAAGCAAAAUAGACUUAAUAAUUUAACUCUCUAAAUCACACCUUAAGAAAAUUAAGAAUUAAACAAUUAGUGUGAAGGUUGUUUUAACUAUUUUUCGCUCUCAUCCAUAUACACAGCUGAAUGUUCACAUAAAUUUUGCCAGAUUUGUUGUGAUAAAGAAAUUAAAUAAAAUGUCAGCUGUUUCUAAUGUUACAAAGUUAAUUGUGGAUAUAAGCUCAAAAUAGAGGAUAUUUAAAAAUUUUAUUAUAAGAAAAUUAAAAGCUUGACAUUUGGUGAUUGUGCAAAUUGUAAAUAAGAGUGUAAAAUUUUUGAAUCAUUUUAAAAUAGAUGUUAACAUUUAAUUUGUUAUAGUUGUGUCAAAUAGAUUUAUACUGAAAGAUUUUAACCUAUUUGUAAAUUAUGUUAAACUCUAAUUAAUCCAAACGAUUUAGAUGAUUAUUAUUUACCUUAAGCUUCAAAAGAAAUUUAAUAAAUCUAAUAAAUGGAACCAAUUGAAUAUAGUUUUGAAUAGCUUUCAUGUACAUUUUGUAAUUCUCCUUUCACAAAUUAUAAUUUAUAACAAGAUAUUCCAUGUUAAAUCCAUCAACUUGGAUCUUGCUGUAUAAUAUUUCCAUCAGAUUGUCCAUAGUGCCAGAUCAGCUCUUUGAUUAUUGAAAAAUGUAAUAUUUAUAUUAAUUUUUAGAAAGACUAAGAUUUGUAUUAUUCCAAAAUGAAAUGGAUAAUUUUUAUUUUACCUCUGAAAGUUCAAUUAAAUGAAGAAUUCUUUGUUUCAUAUCAUCAUUUAUUGUUUUCAUUUUCAUUUUUAAAAAAUAGUACUAUUUUCUCAACAAAGUCAUAUAAUUAUUUUUCACUAAUUAUGUUUAAGGAGCAUAAAGUUUAUCCUCAUCAAGAAACAUGAAAAUUUUAAAAAGAUUUUCUUUUUUUACUUGAUAUAAGAGAAUUUUUUCAUUUGUUUCAUGUUAUAUUGAUUUAUAUUGAGAGUAGUAAUUUUUUUGAUCCAAAAAGAAAAAGAGAUUACAAGUUAUUUUUAAAAUUCAUUUAUUUUUUAAACCUCUGUCUCAAAUUUAUAAAACUUUUAAAUUAAAAAACAAAUAAAAAUGUUUAAAAGAAAAUAUCAAAUUAAAGAUAACAAUUAGAUUAUAAGCUAAUAAAACUCAAAAAUAUUUAUACAAUUAAUUUAUUUUUGAAUAAUAAAAAGGGAUUGGAAAGAGUCGAAGUUUUUCUGGUUCUUUAUCAGGACUAAUCAAUGCCACCACUGGCACAAUCCCUUUAUUCUGAUAAAUCAACUUAGCAUUUAUAAAAUCAAAUUUUGUUAAACUUUGUCAUUUUAACUCAUUGAGACUAGUUAAAACUUUGAAAAUUUUAGUUAUUUUUAUUAAUAUAAUACCUUAGAUAAAAGGAUUGGUCAUUUACAUUUAGAAUUAGUUUUCUAUUCAGAUUUUUGGUUUAAAGAAUUUUUUAUAAUAUAUCAAUUAAGAGAACAAAUAUUAUUUUCUGGUUGAGAUCAACCUUAUAUAAUUAUUUUUUUUUGAAUAUU